AUGGCCGAAGCAAAGCGCAACGUGGCCGAGGGCACGGACAGGGUGAAGAAGGGCUUGCCGGCCAUGCUCAAAGGCGGCGUCAUCAUGGAUGUCAUGAACAAGGAGCAGGCCAAGAUCGCAGAGGAGGCCGGCGCGUGUGCCGUUAUGGCCCUGGAGCGAAUCCCCGCGGACAUUCGCCAAAGCAAGGGCGUGGCUCGGAUGUCGGAUCCCAAGAUGAUCAAGGAGAUCGUCAAUUCAGUGUCGAUCCCGGUGAUGGCCAAGUGCAGGAUUGGCCACUUUGUGGAGUCGCAGGUCCUGCAGCAGAUCGGUGUUGACUGCAUCGACGAGAGCGAAGUCUUGACCGUCGCAGAUGAGGGCAACCACGUCAACAAGACCAAGUUCAAGGUUCCUUUCGUGUGCGGCUGCCGCAACCUUGGCGAGGCCUUGCGCCGCGUCGCCGAGGGGGCCAGCAUGAUCCGCACGAAGGGCGAGGUCCAUUUUGGCUCAAGCCGUGAGCGGUUCAAGGCCCCGAGGAGAUCCACACCGCUGACGGAGCACACCGCUUUUGCAGGGGAGCUUGUUGUGCAACGCAGCACGACGGUGACCGCUGCUGUCAGGGACCUUAGGGACAUUGUCACCUGCUACCUGACUGCACUCGGCGACCCUACAGGACCUGUACGUCUAAGGCGACCCGCCCCUCGAACCCUACGCUGGGAGAUUGCAGGGACCCUCUUGAAGAUCGUGACUUGGGCAUCGACGCCAAGAAUGCAUUCCAUGCCCUAUGGAUCCGGGGGACCCGUUGAUGUCAAUAUGGUCUUGGAGCCCCAGUCCCCAGGAGCAUCCACAGUCGCCACCGCAACAACGGGGGCAGAGGGACGAGACCUGCUGGACAUGUCACCAGCCAAGAAGGGACGCACUGAAGCGCAGCCACCACAGGGGAUCACGAUGGAAGCCCUUCGCGACCUCUUCCGCGGAGAACUCUCCAUAGCCGUGGGACAGGUCAACAGCCGGGUCGGAGCCUUAGAACAGACAGUGCAGACCCAACUCGCGGAGCACACACUCAAACUGUGCGAUAUCACCACCGAAGUGGAAGGACACAAGACUAAGAUGGACCAGGUGCAAGACAAGCUGGAGACCUUGGAGACCCGCCUUGCAAAGCUCGAGAAUGGUGAACCCAGUGGAGGAGAACAAACCAAAGGCAGGGCACCAGCCAUGAUCAUGGGCGGCUUCCACCCUGAAACAGAAGCCAGCAAAGUGAUCGAUCAGGCAACCAAGCUGGUGGAAACCCUUCGCGUGGACUUAGACGUUCAGGACGCUUUCGUGCCCGGACUACGCAGGGGGUACUGCAUCAUCCCCUUGCACAAGAAAGGAGGCGAGACCGAGGACCAGCAGCGCACCCGAGUGCAGGCGUGCAUUCGACAAGUCAGGAACGCCAAUGUGACGGUGGGCACCCGCCCCGAUGGAGCACCCGCCAAGCUCUUCCUCAACAUCUCGCAGCCGCCGGAGAAGCGCAGGAAGGUCCAGGUGGCAGCAAAGUGCAAGCGACUACUCAUGGAACUCGGAGCCACCACACAAGACGUAGACACGGAGUACUCGACAGGACAAGUGUGGUACAAAAGUGUCAGAGUGGCCUCGGCAAUCAACGCCGGGGCACCCGCAGGUUCCAGCACGACGGGGUCCCAAGGAUGGAUCGACCUCCAGACGAUCGCGGACAAGAUUCAGUCGGACCUGGGCACGGUCAAAACGCACUGGCAGCAACUGGCCAGGAUGACGCCACCUAAGGUGAUGGAAUUCCUCAAAGCAUUUGAAGGGCACAAAACCUCGACGCCCGGCAUGCCGCCGCUAUCCAAACUGAUUGUGGUCAUCCUCCAGGAAAUAAUCGUGGAGGUGGGCAUCUUCUUUGAGGACGAUGGCCAUUGGACCCUGGUUUGCGGCAAAAAGGCAGGAGAGUGGAGGGGCACAGCAAUAGCCUUUCGCAGCUCGUUCGCACACCACAGCGCAACCAUUCACCCUAAAGGCAGCUCAGUGGUACUCAGCAAGGACAAAACCACCUUCGGGAUCAUUUGCAUUCACGUGCCACACCAUGCCACCGUCGACGAGACCUCGACCAUCCUUGCAGACUUCGACACUUGCCCGGCAAUGCGACAACACAGAACCAUCGUUGGCAUGGAUUCGAACGAGGUCUUCUCACAUUCGGAGAGCGCGCCCGCUUUCCCGAAGGGGCACACAGGCAGAGGGGAAACUAUCCUGGCAUGGCUGUCGGACGGCGACUUCAGGUUCCCCGAGCAACAGCUGCACCUGCCCUCACAUUUCCCUUACUCAGGACAAAACCCUCGGCGCCUCGACUACUUGGUUUGCAGAGGCAUCCACCUGGGAGGAGGACACGUCGGGGACCACCGAGACAGGGCGCAUUCAGACCAUGAACCCAUCAUUGGGAACCUCCCCGUUCGAGUUGAGCAGAAACAAUUUCACAAAGUGUGGGGCCCUCGACACCUUCGACACGACUUUGAGGACACGCUGAGCCAGGGGCACUUCCUACACGGAGAUGCACACCAUCAACUGGCGGCCGUCUGCAAAGCCAUGACCAACCCAGGUAGAGCCAUGGACAAGUUCGACGAGACCAAGAAGCUCAAACAACUCAGGCGGGAAGCACAGCGCACGCCGCCAGGACCCGCCAGAAGGACAGCAUGGAAAGAGGUCCAAUCCAUGCACAGACAGGAGAAAAAGCAGUGGCACACCAAACUCAACGAAGCCGCCAGCAAGCAGGAUUGGCGGUCGUAUCGGGCGCAAAAGCACCUCCUGCGUACCCGAGAGUGGGAGCACUACCUGCUGGACGACGCCAACUGGCAAGGCACCCUCAAGCACCACUUCGAGGACAUCUUCUAUAAGGAGGACCCGACGCAAGUAGCUCUGCAGAUCACGGAGAUGAAGCGCGAACUGGCGCAUCUUUGCAAGCAAACUCCGUGGCACCCCUUCACACAAGAGGAGCUUCAGGUGACAGAAGGGCGCUGGCCGCGCCGAAAGGCGGCGGGACCCGACGGGAUCAUCCACGAGGCACUCAGCCGGCUACUGCGAGAUGAAACUUGGAUGCACAGGAUCGUCUAUCUCAUCAACGACAUCUUCUACAGGGGCACCCUCCCAGAGCUGCUGGAGAAGGGCGUCACCGUCCUUUUACCCAAGACUGCGACUCCGGAGGGAUGGCCAGACACCCGCCCCGUUACCAUCUCGUCGGCGAUUCUCAAAUGGAUCGCACAACUGGUCCUGCGCCGCACACAACACCUCUUCAGACCGGUCUGCACACUGCAGUGGUGUGCCAAAGGCCGCCAGUCAGUAGAAAUGCUACUGGCGAUACGCAAAAUAGCGCGGAUGGCGCGGGGCUGGGGGGGACAAUUCUUUAUCAUCAAGAUCGAUGUGAGGAAGGCGUUUGACAGGGCACCCGUGGGAAGCACGCAUAUGGCUGGCACUGCUACAUGCCUCCCGGAUGGACAUCCAGUUCGGCACCUCCCAGAGAACCUCGUCGAAGACCUCUCCGCUGUGGCCCAGCUCUGCGAAGCCGCCUCGGCGGCACACGAGGAGGCAUGGGGCACACACAACGAGGACGAGGAGAACCUGCGAAGAGCAGCUGCAUACUGCUCGCCACAAGACAAGAGGCGCCGACACGAAGCAGAUGUCAUCGCCCAUGGAGGAGGACCCAGCACGCAGCCAGACCACGACACUGCAGACCAACAACCGGAGAGGCCACUGAAGGCCUUGGCGAAGCUUCGUCGCCUGGCACCCUUCCUCCACGGACAGCUACACGAGUGGGCACAACAGGCGAUAGGGGAACUCACCCAGUGGUCGACGCAGUUUUGGGGAACACCAGUGGAGCUAGUCGACGACGAGAACACUGAAGACGAGACGGACACCGCCAACCGGAACUACCUGCACGACCUGGACUACCACACCGGCCCGCGCAACCGCAACCUGCCGUACUACCUGAACGACCUGGGUCUGGACUACCACACCGACCAGAACCUGUACAACCCGCUGAACUACCUCCUCCACCUGAACCAGUACCUGGACGACCUCGACCAGCUGAACCACUACACCAACCGGGACUACCUGUACAACCAGGGCAACCAGACCGGCCUGCACCGGGGCAACCACAGCCUGCUGUACCACCUCCUCUACCUCCAGCACCUCAAGGAGAACCAGACGCAGACCACCGGCCUCCUGGACUACCUCAAGGAGAACCAGACUCAGACCACCGGCCUCCUGGACUACCUGACCCACGCGACCUACCAGCACCGCCUGCACUACCACAACGACCUGAACGACCUGAACUACCAGCUGACCCAGUGGACGUCGCCUACAAGGGCGGCACGAGGGGCACCCGCCCUACCAGAGAAGCCAGCGGAAGACGAGGGGGCACACCGGGAAGGAGAACCUGCCCAGGAGGACCAACAGUACAGCGACGACACGAGGCGCCCGGAGCUUACACCAACGGAGCCGGAAGCCACGUGGGACGAGAACGCGGACACAGUCCCAUGGCAAGUCGAGCUGGGGGAACCACUCCGAGAAGAAGAACAACUGAGGGGCACCAGCCCGCAGACUUCUGAGAGCCAGGCCGGCACCGGCGAUGUCGUCGAGGCUGUGAGGCACAUCCGAACGCUGCACAAGGAGAUGCGCAUGGUGCAGAUGAUGGACGAGGCCAGCGGGUUUUCAGAACAAAGUUUACAGGUCUCCAGUUAUCUAGGGCUUAGGGUUGUGGCACUUUCUUAA